GAGACGACGCCCAAUGAAUGACGUCAGGUGUUCGUGGAGUUGUAAAGCCACAACAAUGCCACCAUGAUCUCUCACAGAUUUUUAAUUAUCUUAAUUGCUAUUGUAUGCUUUUUAAAGGGAUCUAAAGCUAUCCAAUGCUAUCAGUGCAGUACGGACACAGAUCCAAAAGGUGAAGAUCUUUGUGGUGCUUACAAUGGCUUUGAUAAAGAACGACACAUUGCAAUUGAUUGCACUAAUGGAGACUCGAAAAUGCCUGGGUCAUUUUGUGUGAAAGAGGUACAACAAAGUGCACGUGGAUUUAUUUGGGAUGGAAGAUGGAGACAAGUGAUCCGAAGAUGCGCAUCAGUAGCGGAUACAGGGGUAACUGGAGUUUGCAACUGGGGUGUUAAUGAGAAUGGAGUCUUCUGGCAACGAUGCUACUGUUCACAAGACCAAUGCAAUGGUGCUACGACAUUGUCAUCGUCUCUAGCAAUAACCAUUUUCAUAUCGAUCGUUAUUGUUUCGAGAUAUUUGCUAACAUAGACAAAGGAAUCUCAAAGAAUUCCAUUAUUAGAACAAAAAAUAUCUAUUGUGAGAUUUGAUAUUUAUAAUUACAAGAUAUCAAAAUGAAAUUUUUUACUGUGUUCAAAGAACUUUUUUAUUAAUUAUAAAAAAAAUUCCAAUAUAUAAAAAAAAUGUUGGAAAUAUAUUUACAAAUUAAAUUGUUAUAAUAAGUACUCUGAAUUACCAAUGGAUUUCAGUUAUAAAUCUGAAAUUUUAUUAAUUCAUGUCUUGUAACUAACGAUUCCGUCCAUUAAAGUUCAAAGAUUAG